UUAAGAAACAAACAUUGUAUUAUAUGAUAAAUCCCACCCCCACCCCUAACAAAGCCUAAAUCUAAAUAAAUAAAGUUAUAAACAAACAUCACAGAUGUCAAACUCCACCUCUUAAAUAUUUCCAAUGUUUCACUCCCCCUUUGUUUAUAUAAUAAUAUCAUCUCCAACACCUUUGUCUUCCUAACAAAAAAAGAUGAAAAUGGAGGCAAACACCAUUUCACUUCCCUUCAUCUUCUUCCUCCUUCUCGCUAUUCUCUCUCUCUCCACCGCCUUCUCCGAUUUCCAAACCCUUAUUCUCAGAUCCCUUCCCUCCUCACCUUCAUUCUUACCCUCCGAUUCCAACUCCUUCCUUUCCUCCGAGGCUACCGAAACGGAGCUUGGUUUAGAACUGCACCUUCACCAUUUGGAUGCUCUGUCUUUCAAUCGAACGCCGGAGGAGCUCUUCCACCUCCGCCUUCAAAGAGACGCUAUACGAGUCAAGAAGUUGAGUUCACUCGGUGCUACCUCUCGAAAUCUGAGCCGACCCAGUGGGACCACCGGCUUCAGUAGCUCCGUCAUCUCCGGACUCGCUCAAGGCAGUGGCGAGUACUUCACGCGCAUCGGCGUCGGCACGCCACCCAAGUAUGUCUACAUGGUGCUUGACACCGGCAGUGAUAUUGUUUGGCUACAGUGUGCUCCUUGUAAGAAUUGCUACUCUCAGACUGACCCUGUUUUCAACCCGGUUAAGUCUGGAUCCUUUGCCAAGGUUCUAUGCCGAACGCCGCUGUGCCGUCGGCUUGAAUCUCCGGGGUGCAACCAGCGUCAGACGUGUCUUUACCAAGUUUCUUACGGCGACGGUUCCUAUACCACCGGCGAGUUCGUCACCGAAACCCUAACCUUCCGCCGGACUAAAGUGGAGCAAGUAGCCCUUGGUUGUGGCCACGAUAAUGAGGGUUUAUUCGUUGGUGCGGCUGGGCUUUUAGGUCUUGGCCGGGGAGGGUUGUCGUUUCCGUCCCAAGCUGGCCGGACUUUCAACCAAAAAUUUUCUUACUGCUUGGUGGACCGUUCCGCCUCUUCCAAACCGUCCUCCGUAGUCUUCGGCAACUCCGCCGUCUCUCGAACCGCCCGGUUCACUCCUCUCCUCACGAACCCUAGGUUGGACACGUUUUACUACGUUGAACUACUCGGAAUCAGCGUCGGAGGUACGCCCGUCUCCGGCAUCUCCUCUUCACAUUUCAAGCUUGAUCGGACCGGUAACGGUGGAGUAAUAAUCGAUUGCGGUACUUCUGUUACUCGAUUGAACAAACCAGCGUACAUUGCUCUGCGCGACGCCUUCCGUGCUGGAGCUUCAAGUUUGAAAUCGGCGCCAGAGUUUUCUCUCUUCGAUACUUGCUACGAUCUGUCUGGGAAGACGACGGUGAAGGUCCCGACAGUGGUGCUACAUUUCAGAGGUGCUGAUGUAUCAUUACCAGCGUCCAAUUAUCUAAUCCCGGUCGACGGCAGCGGCCGAUUUUGCUUCGCCUUCGCUGGAACUACCAGUGGGCUAUCAAUUAUCGGCAACAUCCAGCAGCAAGGAUUUCGGGUGGUGUACGAUUUGGCGAGUUCUCGGGUCGGAUUUUCUCCUCGUGGUUGCGCCUAAUUUCUUCGAACAGACAGCACGUAAUGCGGGUUGCCGGAGAAAUUCCUCCGCCGGCGUCUGUCCUAAAACCCUUCUUCCUCUUUUCCGACAUGUAAUAAUAAAAAAGAAAGAAAAAAGAAAAAAAGGUGGAAGAAAAAGGGGUGCAUAAUUAGACUCCAACGGUGUCGUUUAACUUUUACUAUUUUAUUUAACUUUUUAGUUUUUUCA